AUGGGCUGCGGACCUUCCCAGGCCGCUGCUGAACAGAGACGUGUGCCCGCGCCUCAGAAGGGCUGGGAAGAGGGAUUCAAGGCUGAUGUCAGUGUGGCUCAUUGCGGGGAGAAUUUCAGAUUCCAGAUUGAAGCUGCGCUGCCCAAGGAUAAUGUGGGCAGCCCUGGAAGCCUGGACAAGCAGGCCCAGUUGGGAAGCUUACCUGGAACCAUUCCAGAAAGUUCCCCAUUUCCUAGUGAAAGAAAUGGAAGAAUAAAUUCAGACCUAGUGAUCAAUGGAUUAAUCCAUAAACCCCAACCCUUAGAGAAUCGAGAGCAACAAAAGUCAUCAGACAUCCUGGAGGAGUUAAUUGUUCAAGGAAUAAUACAAAGCCACAGCAAAGUAUUUAGAAAUGGAGAAUCAUAUGAUGUCACGGUAAGCACGACUGAGAAGCUGCUGAGAAAGCCACCAGCCAGGCUGAAAAAACUUAAAAUCAAAAAGGAAGUAAAAGAUUUCACGAUGAAGGACAUAGAAGAGAAGAUGCAGGCAGUGGAGGAGCGCAGGAAGACUAAAGAAGAAGAAAUAAGAAAAAUGCUGUGGAGUGACCGACCUCUGCCCCCAGCCCAUCGUUCAGAUCCAGCUGAAGCGGGUGGGAAGGAGGCUCCGUUUGCCAAAGGACUUAAAACUGUGAGUUGUGCCGCGUUUGAACCCUCUGACCUGUUGGAAGGAAAGCUGUUGAAAAGGAAGAACAGUAAAAGUGAUACAAGCUCAAAUGAUAGAAACUACAGGCUCCAAAUUUCUGGAGUUGCCUCUCACAACAAGGACAUAGACCUGUGGUUAUGCAGGAAAAUUGCCGGGUAAGGAAAGAUCAAUAUUCAGAUGUCAGAGAAAACAUCUGGAAUGAUGUUUUCAGACCCAGAAAGUUUCCAAGAGAAAGAGAAAGCCAAGCCAUUGUAAAGCACUAUGAUCCGCUGAAAAAACCACACGCUAGGAACAGAUAUGUCCCCAUUUUCAUGUCCCUUCUCCAUCCAGAACAGGGGGCUGUACACAGCCUUGCCAAACACUUCUGGUUCCUCCUUGACCGUGUUCUUUUA